GAAGAAUGCAGGAGCCGAAGGAAUGGAACUAAUGUCCGCGCGAGCUUCCUUGCAGGGGAGCACCAUCCUCUCGCAAGAUGGGAGUGAAGAAACUGAUGUUCGUUGUCCCCCGUACCCUGCUCCCUGCCGAUCUUCCUACAUACACCAGAAGCACAGACAGGACCUUUACCGGCGGGCACACCUCGCCAAAGUUGCCCUGGACAAGAAGAUAGCAGAGGACGAGCGCGCGGACAAGCAGAUCAACGUCCCUGCUCACGACCUCGGAGAGAAGAGCCGAGGGUUGGAGAUCUCGGGCAACAUGACGAUGUCUGCGAUCGUGAUGAUGUGUCUGUUCGUCGGCUGUGUGACAGGCGCUGUUGUACAAGUUCGAGCUGCCAGGAGAGAGAGGAGAAGCUUCAUUUCCCCAGUUUGACUGUAGAUACUCAUGGACUAUGUCUGUUGAGCGCUUAUAUGUAUUGGUAUUGUAAACAA